AUGGUCAGUUCGAUUUUAAAAUUCGUUAUUUUAAUACAUUCUACAUUCCACUCAACAUUUGCACAAAAUUUGCCAGACACCACAGUCGCUCCAAAAACAAAAAGAACGAUAAAAAUUGGAAUUGCUGCUGCCCAACGUACUCAAACUUCAUCAAUCGGAUGGUCAGUGUGUGGUGGAGCAGUUCCAAUGGCAAUUGAAAGAUUAAGAGAAUUUGGAUAUGUAAAAGAUUUUGACUUUGAAUUUAUAGUAGACUACACAGAAUGCGAUCAAGGCAGCGUCGUUCGUGCCGGAAUAGAGUUCAUCAAAACUCACAAAGUCGAUGUGAUAAUUGGACCACCAUGCGCACAGGCUCUCCGAGUCAUGUCAUUUCUAGCCGAGAACUAUAAGAAGCCAGUCCUUGGAUGGGGAUUUGUGAGUGACACGGAUUUGUCUGAUGUCAUACGAUUUCCCUAUUUGACCACUGUAAUUCCCAACUCGUUGAUGCUGGGCUAUGCUGCUUCAAAGAUGCUGACAGUAUAUAACUGGGGUCGAGUUGCAAUGUUAUACUAUUAUAGUGACAUAAAAUAUUGUUCUGGAGUUAUGAAUGAUGUUGAAGCAACUUUUAAUAAUCCAAGUACACCAAAUGUAAACAUAGUGAUCAAAGCUGAAAUUUAUUUGAAUGAUAAUGAAACAACUGAUAUUGUUUUCCAAUCCGUCAAGUCAAGAGCAAGAAUUAUUUUUUGGUGUACACAAACAGCUAUUGAAAAACGAGAUUAUCUAAUUAAAAUAGCAACACAUGAUAUGAUAGGGGAUGAAUAUGUUCACAUUAUGCUAUCAAUGAGAAAUAUUGCAUUUGGAGCGCAAACUUCACUUGGGAAACCGACUUUUAGUCAAUCAGGAUUGACGCCUAUUUGGGAAUCAUUUACAGAAGGGACAGAUGACUUUGAAAAAAUGGUAAAACAAGCAGCCACUAGAAUGUUUGUGCUUGAUGUAAACAGUGAAGUUGCUGAUAAAAAAUAUUUGGACUACCUGCAGAAAAAUAUAAUGAAGGCGGUGCAGUCACCACCUAUGAAUUGCUCCACUGUUGAAUGCAUGACUGCCAAUACCACUAUAAUGGGAGGUUAUGCUCGUCAACUAUUUGACGUCGUGUACCUAUAUGGAGUUGCGCUAACAAAUACAAAUUCAACAGAUCCAGCGGUAUAUGAUGAUGUGGAUGUUAUUGUACCUCAGUUUGUUACUUCAUUUCAAGGAAUGACCGGAAAAGUUGUGAUCUCACCAAACUUAACCCGAAUGCCAAUUUUUCAACUAUAUGGCCUUAACUCGGACUAUGAACAAGUCGCCCUCGCCGAAUUUACAUAUAUUGAUCCUAUAAUGAAUGUCACACUUUCCUACAAAGAAGAGGGAGGAGCAGUUUGGUAUUUUUAUGGAAACUCGAGGCCAUUAGAUAUUCCGAUUUGUGGUUUCCUUGGAAAAUUUUGCCCUAUUUCGUUUUGGGAACAAUACAUGAUUCUAGCUAUUGUGUCAAUAUCUGUAAUUGUAUUGAUGGUGAUUAUAAUGAUUAUUGGUUGCCUAUGUGUGAUAAGUGCGAAACAUGCAGAACAAGCCAGAACAAAUGCGGAAUGGCAAGUUCCAUUUGUGAACCUGAUGGAAUCUGAAAAGCAAAUUCGAAGCAAUGCAACAAGUCGGCGGUCCCUUCAAUCAGCUCCAUCAAUUUCAACUGGACACAGUGGAGUGACAACUGUCAGUGAUUUUUGUGAGAACUAUACGAUGAUGAUGUAUGAGAAAGAAAUGGUAUUAACUGCUAAAUAUCAGUACACCCAUUUGACAAAAGCAGACAAGGAACGAUUUGUAAAAAUGAGGAAACUGGAUCAUGAAAAUAUUAACAGAUUUAUUGGUUUAUCAAUUGAUAGCGCCCAUUUCAUUGCUGUAACAAAAUUAUGUUCAAGAGGGUCACUUCAAGAUAUUUUAUCGAGAGGCAAUUUUUCAAUGGAUUAUUUUUUCAUGUUUUGUAUUAUCAGAGAUGUGGCAAAGGGUCUGGAAUAUCUUCAUAAAACAUUCCUACGUCUUCACGGGAAUCUCCGAUCAGCCACGUGUCUUGUUAAUGACAGUUGGCAAGUGAAACUGGCGGAAUAUGGAAUGGACAAUCUUGUUGAAGAGCAAACUCCUCCAAAGAAACGACUGUUAUGGGUUGCUCCAGAAGUAUUGAGAGGUUCUCUCAGUGUUAGUCAAAUGGAACCUUCUGCUGAUAUAUAUUCAUUUGCUAUAAUAGCAUCAGAGAUUUUGACAAAGAAAGAAGCAUGGGACAUUUUGGACAGAAAAGAAGAUUGUGAAGAAAUAGUAUAUAAAGUUAAGAAUACGUCCGGAAAUUAUCACAGACAUCCAUGAUGUAAAUCCAGCACUGAUUGCUUUAGUGAAAGACUGUUGGGCAGAAGUUCCAGAAGAUAGACCAACUGCAGAAAACAUUUGCUCACAAAUGAAAGGAUUAGUGUCAAAACAAAAAACAAACCUCAUGGACCAUGUUUUCAAUAUGUUGGAAGAAUACACUUCAACGUUGGAAGAGGAAAUAGAAGAACGAACGAAAGAGUUAACUUUAGAAAAGAAAAAAGCAGAUAUUUUAUUAAGCCGAAUGCUCCCAAAGCAAGUGGCUGAACGAUUAAAAGCUGGGCAAACUGUGGAGCCAGAAGGCUUUGAUUCAGUGACAGUAUUCUUUUCCGAUGUUGUAAAAUUCACAAUUCUUGCUUCAAAAUGCUCGCCAUUCCAAACUGUGAAUUUAUUAAACGACUUGUACAGCAAUUUUGAUACAAUAAUUGAGCAACAUGGCGUAUAUAAAGUAGAAUCAAUCGGUGAUGGAUAUCUCUGUGUAUCAGGGUUACCAACAAGAAAUGGAUAUGCACACAUCAAACAAAUUGUGGACAUGUCGCUAAAAUUCAUGGAAUACUGCAGAAGUUUUAAAAUUCCUCAUUUGCCACGGGAAAAUGUUGAGCUGAGGAUUGGAGUGAACAGUGGACCCUGUGUUGCCGGAGUUGUCGGUUUAUCAAUGCCUCGUUAUUGCCUUUUCGGAGAUACUGUGAAUACUGCAUCAAGAAUGGAAAGUAAUGGAAAACCAUCACUUAUUCAUUUAACAAGUGAUGCUCAUUUACUUCUUCUGACUCACUACCCUAACCAUUACGACACGAGUUCCCGCGGAGAAGUAAUAAUAAAAGGAAAAGGAGUUAUGGAAACAUUUUGGGUGCACGGAAGAAUUGAUGAUAUAGCUGAACCAACUGAACUAAGAAGUAUUUGUAAACCGUCAACAGUAGCAAAUGAAAGAUGGAUUACACCGCCAGCACCAAAACCAGAGAUUCGAUCAGUGAGCUCUCAUGGAUCACGUCCUCCGAGUGUGUAUGAUCCACUGCAGGAUCAUCGAAAAUUUAAAAUGGACACAUUGAAAGUAGCGAAUUAGAA